UGAUUAUAUUUCUUGCUUUAGAUACCAAGCUUUCUAUGGGAUUUUCUUUCUUUAACACAUGUAGAGAACGAGCGGGUACCUAGGCAACCAAUUGAGACUGCUCUGCUAGUAUCUCUUCUAUUAUAGAUUUCUAGAAUAGGGGGCUAAGCCUGAGGUUGAUUGCAGAUAUAACAUACUCGUACGAAUGAUGUGGUAGGGAAAGCCAAUAGUUUACCUAUUCCAUUAGCAACAAGACUUCGACAGGAUCAUAUAUCGCCGAAUUAUCAGUACGCCGGAAGCCAAAAUAUAAUUACUAUCACUUCGACUAAACUCAAACUCCUGGAACUCCGAAUGUAGGAUCUUUCUUCCAGCUUACAUAAACAAACUACCUCGGCAUUAUCCUAUUCGGGGAACAAACGGGUCUAAGGCGGUUAGCGGCUGACGGAUAACUGGAGGAGCGAAAUUCGUUGGGAAAUGCGCAGUCAAGUGUCAAGGAGGGAAUGUCUCAACAGCCCGCCGCAUAACGACAAGAGAAAUAUGGGAAGUCGACGAGGAAGAUUCUAGUAUCGGAAUUAGUCCAAUUGGUUCAAUAGCCACGAAAAGAGUCCCGCUGGCUUGGGGAGGCCCCCACUCGGCCUUGGAACCCCUAUCGCGACCAUGUUCGCCGCGCGAAUCCAAGCCGGUGUGGCUAGGGUCGUGCGCAACCGUCAGCUACCCGUUGAACCGACUAUAAAUCUGAUCCUACGUCCGACCCGGCGGCAGCCUCUAUUAUCUUGUCGCUUUGUCAGCACAUCCCCUACCCAAGAUCCACCCCGACCAUCAUUCCUCCGCCGCGCCGCCUCCUUCCUAGCCGCCAGCUUCGCAUUCACGUUACUCGGCACCGCGAUGGCAGCCGCGCCCGCCAUCCCCACCGUCAGCGAGCUGCUGAACCCGCCGACGGACGAGGAGACGCUGACCAUGUUCUCGCCGGAGACGGAGCACCAGCGCGAGGUCGAGGCCUUCAUCCAGAACCAUGCGCUCACGCGAGAACUGCGCGCGAAGCCGGAGUUCUCCGAGGCUCGGCCGCACCUCAAGAUCCCGCCGGCCUACCGCAGCUACAACCUGACGGGCGGGACGCUGAUGGGCCCCGGGCGGCUCGUGGUGCCGCCCCUGAUCUUCGCGGAGGAGGGCGGCAAGAGCCUGGUUUCCAUCUCGUAUCUGGGUGACGAGCUGUGCGGGCACCCGGGCAUCGUGCACGGCGGCCUGCUCGCGACGAUCCUCGACGAGGGGCUCGCGAGGUGCUGCUUCGCGGCGCUGCCCCACAAGAUCGGCAUGACGGCCAACCUCAAUAUUAACUACCGCGCGCCGGCGCCGGCGGGCUCCUACGUCGUGCUCCGGGCUACGACGACGAAGGUCGAGGGGCGCAAGGCCUGGGUCGAGGGCCGCAUCGAGACGUUGGUCGGCGAGGGCGAGAAGCCCUUGGUUCUUGCGGAGGCGACGGCGUUGUUUGUCAUGCCGAGACAGGCUGCGAUGAUGGCGAACGUUUACCCUACGACAUGAGCACACUGAGCAUAUACAGGCAACAGGCUACAUAGAUCGACGAUGAAUAGAUUUUAUUAGACCGGGAUAGACGAUGGGCAUUGCGUCUGCUACGGAGUUUGCUGGGUUAAGAGCUUGCAUUGCUUAAGAUCUCGUACGGUGUCUAUGUAUUUACCCCGGCCAGACCUGAUAAGCCGGGGUUAUGAUUUCGAAUAGAGUAGAAAUGAUCAAGAUUCUGAACCAGGUUAGGUCUUGUCUUAUACGUGAUAUAUGAGUGAUGUGUAUAUCAUCAAUGCUUAACUAUGAAAAAAGGGGUUAAGUGGUUGUCUGGCUAAUUGGCUGCCUCUUCGUGCCAUUCAGAGGACCGCGUCAAAUAUCGUAGAACGAAACAUCUCUUCUCCUAGGUAAUAUAACUUAUCCCCUGUGUAUUACGCAGCUAGAUGACGUAGUCGCCAUUGUAUCAACAAAUCUGUUCAAGGAGUACCUAAGCGUAUAUAUAGAAGAAAAGGCCCAAUUCACUCCUUGAUUGUUAAAAUGUCUAAAACA